AUACAUACACACAGAUACAUAUCCAAUUCCCUUCUCUCUUUCGCUUCUUUCAAUUCUCCUGUCUCCUUCUCCCGCUUAGAUCGGAUCUUCCAAUAUCUCUAUCGUCGUCAACACACAAACCGCCCAAAUUUCCAGAAAAUUUAAAAACUUAGAAGAUGGAGAAAUAGGGAGAAGGUAGAUUAAUAAAUAAGACGAGGAGAAAAAAAAAAAAGGGGUGGAGAAAAAUCCGAUAUUUUGACAACCCGAGAAAAAAGAAAAUUAAACAAGGGUGUUGAUGGUUGAAAGGUGGAAUCUUGGUGGGCAUUUGAUUGAAUAGGCCAAAUGGGAAAUGUGACAUCCAACGUGGCUGCAAAGUUCGCCUUUUUCCCGCCGGAGCCGCCGACGUACGACGUGUACAGCGAUGAGGUGGAGGGGAAGCUGGUGAUGAGCGGGCUUUCGCCGGAGAAGAACGUCGACGUGCAUUUAUUGGACACCAAGGGCGGGAAUAAAAUUGUCGCCACGUUUUGGAGGCACCCGGCGGGGAGGUUUACGCUGCUCUAUUCUCACGGGAACGCCGCCGAUUUGGGGCAGAUGCUGGAGCUCUUUCUCGAGCUCAGAGCGCAUCUACGUGUCAACAUCAUGAGCUAUGAUUAUUCUGGAUAUGGAGCAUCCUCUGGUAAGCCAUCUGAAUUAAACACAUACUACGACAUUGAGGCUGUCUAUGACUGUUUGAAGAACGAGUAUGGGAUCAAGCAAGAGGAUGUCAUUCUAUACGGCCAAUCUGUUGGGAGUGGUCCCACAUUACAUCUUGCGUCUCGCUUUCCUAUGUUGAGAGGUGUAGUUCUCCACAGUGCUAUUCUUUCGGGGAUACGUGUUCUUUAUAAUGUAAAGGUCACAUUCUGGUUCGACAUUUUCAAAAACAUAGACAAGAUAAGGAAUGUCAACUGCCCUGUUCUAGUAAUACAUGGUACAAAUGAUGAGAUUGUUGACUUCUCACACGGCAAGCGACUAUGGGAGCUUGCCAGGGAGAAAUACGAUCCGUUGUGGGUGAAAGGUGCAGGCCACUGCAAUAUAGAAACAUUUCCUGAGUACAUCAAACAUUUGAGGAAAUUCGUAAAUGCAAUGGAAAAACUUUCCUUCUCCAAAAGAGACAAGAUGCAAACUGAUCCCAGCCCAGCCUCGGGAGAAUUAAAAACCAACAAAUGCUUGAUGUUUACAAAAAAAUAGCUCUACUCAUAGAAGUUCACCUCAGCAAAACCAGUUACUCAACUCAUGUGCUUUGUGUAAAGGGGUCCGAAUCAUUAAUUGCUAAGCAAGAACGUGCAAUUCAGCUGCAGAGCAGUAUAGGGGAUGGAGAUGCAUAUCAAGAUUGAAGAUGAUCCAAUCUACGCAACAGCUUUUCGUGAUCCAUCAAGGUAAAAUUGAUUUGCUGUUUGUGAUGCUUAUAUUUCCAGAAAACUCGUCUUAUCAUCACCUAGUGUAUACUACUAGAAUUCCUUUGUUUAGCUCCAAGAGUUAGUGUAGUAAUAGAUUGUUUACAAUGCACCGUUAUUCAUUCUCGUGUAGUGCCUCUGCUCGUGAGAACGUGGCCGUGGUGAUGUUCUAACAUUUAUGUGAACUCUUGUGCAUAUACACCUGCUGAGGCUCUAUACAAUUCUUUCAUGCUUUUCCUUA